CAGGGGCGGACUGACCGUUUGGAAACACGGGCACUGCUCGAGAGCCUGGCGUCAGUAGGGGGCCCCAUGAGAUGCCCUGGUACCUUUUUCAUAGGCUUUUUUGAGUUUGGGCAAGGAUCCCCUAUUGCCCAGGAGCCUCAUGAGUUGUCAGUCCGCCCCUGAUUAUAACACGCAUUUACUUGUGCUUUCUGGGGCCCCGAGUCAGAGGUACAAGGCAGGCCUUCCUCAUCAUAUCAG